CCGGAACUUACUUCCUCUAAACCGCCCGGGUCCACCUCACGGAGUCACUGACGCCAUUGUGGCUCACGGGUCCUAAAGAUACACCACCCAAACCAAUGAAGUUUGAGGACAAGCAUACAAGAACUUUACACACCUCAUCAGGGGUGUGAAAUGGCAAUGUAUGGCCCAGACACCCAGCAUUAGCUCCCAUGUCUGAAAAAUCAAUAACAAGCGCCCCGAUCCACUCUCUCAGCCGCUCAAUAAUCUUGAAACAUCCCCCAACUCCUCCUCCACACAAAAGCCCUCACCCCUCUGCAUUGUAAAUAACUGCUCAAACGCACAAUGCGCUCUGGACCGCUUUAUUCAGUCGCACAACUUCCCUGCAUUUUCAUUGGUCCCUUGAGGAUGCGGCGGCAGCGGAUUGGAGGAAAGUUUCUCCAGGAGUCCACACACCCCCCACCUCACACAUAUCCACCGUGCUGUACUACUUUUGAUUCCAGUUGUUUUCGCAUCCACGCACCGACACAGAGGGACCCGGGGCUGCUGCCUUCCAUCCUGUGGGUGAUGCACUAGUAACGGCCGCGCAUCGACUGGUGAGACUCUACCUGCUGCCCAGAGGAGAGAAAAAACAAGACCAACUUCAGACAAAACAUCAGGAGCCAAAAUGGUGUCGGCGGGAUUGGAGAUCUUGGGGCUUUCGAUGUGCGUAAUUGGCUCGCUCUUGGUGAUGAUGGCGUGCGGGCUGCCCAUGUGGAAGGUGACGGCUUUCAUCGAGGCCAACAUCGUAGUGGCUCAGACCAUCUGGGACGGUUUAUGGAUGACGUGCGUGGUGCAGAGUACUGGACAGAUGCAGUGCAAGGUGCACGACUCCGUCCUCUCGCUCAGCCACGACCUGCAGGCGGCCAGAGCGCUCACCGUCAUCGCCUCCGUGAUGGGAGUGCUGGGUCUCAUGGUGGUGAUAGCCGGGGCGCAGUGCACCAACUGCAUCCGCAACGAGAGCAUCAAAGCGCGGGUGGUGAACGCCGGGGGUGCCAUCUACAUCAUCAGCGGUCUGUUCGUGCUGGUGCCCAUCUGCUGGAUGGCCAACAACAUCAUAACGGACUUCUACAACCCGCAGCUGCUGCCGUCGCAGAAGAGGGAAAUCGGCGCGGCGCUCUACAUCGGCUGGGCCGCCGUGGCGCUGCUCCUGAUCGGAGGCUCGCUGCUGUGCUGCUCCUGUCCGUCCGGCGGCAGCUCGGGAUACUCGGUAAAAUACGCACCGACCAAGAGAGCCGCGCAGAACGGAGACUAUGACAAGAGGAAUUAUGUGUAGCUGUGGCGCGCAGCAGCCGUGCGUAAAAACAACAUGCAGCUUUUUGGAAAACUCUUUUUAACGGACUCUCUUUUUGAACUUGAAACUUUUUAUCGUUUUUUAACUUUGAAAUCAAAGGAAGCUGUUUUUCUUUUGCAAAGUUUUUAUAAUUCCACACAUUCAAGAGUCCUUUUUUGAGAGAUAAACAAAAGACUUAAAAACAACUAUCAUAAAAGCUCAUUCUGAAAUGUUUGUGUUGUUUUAGCUCAAUUUUUAUGUACAGAUCUGUGUUAGCUUUCCUUUUUUUAAAAUAUGCACUGUCAGCAAUUUGUACUGUAACUGAGUUAUGCGCUCCCACCUACCAUAAAAUAGAAGGAGCAAACACACAGUUCUUGAUAAAUCCCGGACAGAUAUUCUUUGUAGAUUAGAAUAUUUCAGUUUGAUGUCUUUUUGUUUUUUGUUUUUGCACAUUCAGAUGCAGAGUCUGGUUUGGACAAUGAACACAAAGCGCACCUGCAACGUUUUUCAUUUUCCGUGCAGAAGUGCUUUACUUUUCCUCGGAAAAAACUUUGUUUUCUGCUGUUGAUGUAAUAAUUUCACAUACUUGUAUAAGAAGAUGAAAUGGUGUUUGUUUCUAUUAAGAUUAAACUGAAUAUAUUGUCUAAAGUA